GCCGCCCGCGCGCCGGCCGCCCGUUGCCCUGGCAACCGUCGUGCCGCGUCUUCCUGAGGGAGCUCCUGUCAGCCCACUGAUCCCACCACCCGCUCCCUACUGCCCCGCGGUCUUCGCGUGGGCUCGGAGGCUGAGGGACAACAAAAAUGGCGGAGGGGAGCCAGACGGCGCCUGAAGCAGGCAAUGAUAUGGGAAAUGAUGAUGCCAUUGGAGGGAAUGUGAGCAAAUAUAUAGUGCUUCCAACUGGAUAUUGUGGACAGCCCAAGAAAGGACAUCUUCUCUUUGAUGCUUGCUUUGAAAGUGGUAACCUGGGCCGGGUGGACCAGGUCUCUGAGUUUGAGUAUGAUCUGUUCAUUAGGCCGGACACCUGUAAUCCACGAUUCCGAGUCUGGUUCAACUUUACUGUUGAAAAUGUGAAAGAAUCACAGGUGAGGGAAAUAGUGGAUACCUUCAGAGUGGUUUUGAGGGUCAUUUUCAACAUUGUUAACUUCAGUAAAACCAAGAGUCUCUAUAGAGAUGGGAUGGCCCCUAUGGUGAAAUCUACCAGCAGACCAAAAUGGCAAAGGCUGCCACCCAAAAAUGUUUACUACUACCGCUGCCCAGACCAUAGGAAGAACUAUGUGAUGUCCUUUGCCUUUUGUUUUGACCGAGAAGAAGAUAUUUACCAGUUUGCUUACUGCUACCCAUAUACAUACACUCGCUUCCAACAUUACCUUGACAGCCUGCAAAAGAGAAACAUGGAUUACUUCUUUCGGGAGCAGCUGGGCCAGAGUGUGCAACAACGACAGCUUGACCUCCUGACGAUAACCAGCCCUGAUGCCAGUGCUCUGCCCCAAGAUGUGCCCACUGAUUUUCUGUGUCCAGAGGAGAUUAAGAUGUUGCCGUUUUCUCUACCCCUAAAAGCCCUGCCCAGCCCAGUCUCUGGCUGAGUUCCUUGGCCCAGAACAAUACAGGGAGAGAUCCUUUCACAACUUGGGGCUUACCAAUGGAGCACUCCUGCUGAGCCACGGCCUCCUGCCAAGCAACUUCCACUGCCCCUCUGAUAUGCAGAUGUGUGCAAGAAUCCUGCACAUCUGCAUGGGAAACAUUAAAAAGCUAUAAAUUGGCUGGAUAAAAGGAAAAUGUGAGUGUCAGCUCUUUAGGAAUGGAUGCUCCUCAGGGGCCAAGGAGAGGAGAAGAGCAGAUCACACGCUGAGAAUAGUUGGCCCAAAGCAGACUGGGGAUGGAGAAACAAAACUACACCCCAACUUUCACCUCUCACACGGAGGCUCAUGCAAUUUUAGAAGUGUGGAUACCACUGGCUAAUUUGAAUUAUUUCUCCACAAAUGUCCCCAUCUCCCUGAGCCACAAUCUCCCUGAACCUUGUGGGAGUUUUGCUCUUCUUAAUUUGCAUCACCUCAGCCCGUUAUAAGAAAAGCAAAGCAUGGCAGCAAAGCCAAUGGUAAGAACCCUGGACUAGGACUGAGACAUCUUUCUUCAAAUGCAUUCAUGUAACCAACAUGUACAGAGUACCCAUGCUUGUGCCAGGCGCAGAGGCACAGAGAUGAAUCCAUCACAGUCAGGAUGCUCAAGAAGGUACUACAAUCUAAUGGGCAGACAGGCAAGGAAAUGAACAACUUAGAAGAAAGCACAGAAAACUUCCUGGGAGUGCAGGGUUGGUUAAGGUCAAAAGCAUAUCACAGAAUACUUCCUAGAGGAGGUAACAUCUGAGUGAAUCUUGAAGAGAUGUGGCAAGUGGCCAAGUGAAGAACUUAUGUGUACUAACACAACCGAAGCAUUGUUGGAUAUAUGAGAGUAGAUGCUCAUUCACAAGCACCGAUACUUCCACACACAUACGUACGUGCACACACACACACACACAUAUGUGCACACAUACACACCUUCUGAGGCAGGUGUAAUAUUGGUUGGGAAUAGUUCAUAUGGUAACCCUCGCUGUUCAUCUUGCUGCAAUCCAAAUGUCUCCCUUCCCCAGUGGUGCUGUUUCCUGAAAAGCCUUGGCAAGUUUCCUCAGAAUCAGCUACUUUGCCACUGUUACUUUAAAAGCUUCCCUUUCUUCUACCAAAUGGCAAAGGAAGCCAGAGAAAAAUGAAUUCACCAGGGCACCACGCUUGCUGUUGCUCUUGGUGUACCCCAAGCUAAUCCCUCAAGAGUCCUGUGCUAGAACAAAGAGCAGGCUUAUGGUUGAAGGGAGUGGUAGUUCAGCUCAAGGAAAAGACUGACUUUGAAGGGAUAGGGUCGUUGCCUUUGAUCCCUGCAGGAAUAUCUGAGGGCAGAAGAAACAAUGCAGAACAAAGAUCAAUGUAGGGGUACUAGAGGUAGGGAUUUUGCUCAAUGUGAAUGGAUAUUUCCUCAAGUAAAAGCUGCCUACCGGUGGGAUUAGCGGCUUUGAAAAGUGGUGAGCACUCUGUCCCUGCUGGAGUGUGAGGGGAACAGACCACUGCUUAUGGGAUGAGGAAUAUGUAGCUGGGCCUCAAACACCAGGUGAGAGGUCACAUCUUUUUGCCCUGUUCUGCCAUCUUCACAUGGGAAUUGACUUAGUACAGGGCAAAUAUUCAGGCCUCUAAGAGUCCAAGGAUUUGCAUUUCCAAGGUUAUGAAGAAAGGCAUGUAGUAAAUGUGUGUAUAGGCAUCCAAGAUGUGAAAGGUGUGAUUAUUUUCAGAACCUAAUCUCAUACCUUCCCAUCCUUGCUGAACUGAAUAUUGCAAAUAUAUUCUGAUUUGUAUUUGGAAUGGUGUGUUUCUAAGCAAUCAUCAUUCUGAAUACUCAUCCCAACCAGGAGAUGACCUGAAUAUUUAAUAGAAUAAAAGUGUAUAUAUUAGAUUACUUAUUCAAAUGCCUAUCUGGCAGUUUGGAUAGAAUUAAGCAAUAGUCCAAUCUGGCUGUUGUUUUAUGCAUAGGAUGUCAAAGCUAAACAGCCCUUAGAGAAUAUUCUCUUAUUCUUUCUCUGUACAGAACCUCAUCUUGUCCUGUUCACAGAUGGGGAAACAGGCUGAGAGAGGGGGGCAUAGAGCACGAGAUGGGAGACCAAGGACCAGUGCUACCAUUUAGUGGCUAGGCAAGAUAAUAUUGUCCCUGUUGGACAAAGGAAGCAACUGAGGUUUGUUGUGGUGAAGUAACUUUUGCAGAGUCACAUAGCUGAUAAAUCACAGAGUUUGUCUGCAUCCCGGGCUAUUAUUCUUUUGCACUACCUCACUGAGCCCCUAAUAUAGCCUGAGAGUAUGUUUCACCUUUCAUGCCACCUUCAAACUAUCUGGCAGCUACUUCAACUAUGAAAUCUUGGGAAGUGAUGUUAUUAUCCCUGUUCCAUAGUUGAAGAAAUCCCAUGAAAUAUGGAACUACAUUUUAGAUUGCCCAAACCAGGGAUUCUACCGCACAGCUAUUCUACCUUCCAUGCUCUAAAUGCUCCACAACAUCAAGCAACAGCACAUUGUUCUGCCUUUCCAAUAACAAAAGGUAAUAACCCAAAUUUGCCUUUUGAAAUGAACCCAAAUAUUCCUUUUGAUGGAAAAUGUUCCCUCAGAAGUUUGGUUAGAUGUCAUUUCUAAGAAAACUUCUCUGUGCACUCCCUACCCCAGACCCCAGAGCACUUCUCACAUAGUAUUGUCAUUGUACAGGGGUAUUCUCCCCACUAAAUCAUGAGUACUAUGAGUCCAAUAACCACCUCUGACUGUUCUCUGCAUCUCCAGCAUGGGGGUCUGGUACCCAGCAGGUUUCUGAGAUUUGCUGAACAAUGAAUACAUAUUUGGGUAGCAUCACUGCAGGGUGAUGUAAUAAGACUAUGUGGUAGGAAUUAAAGGGGAAGGGACUCUUCUCCCCCACCCAACCAACCAGAGUUUGUUAAUCUCUGGCUAUCAAAGAGAAUAUGGCAAGCCCUGAAACUUAACAUGGUGCUUCCAUCCCCAGCAAAUAAUAACUAAAAUGUAGAACAACAUUUCUGAGCUUCCUAUGAUUUUGCCAUUGCUGGGGAAGAAGAAAACACCAUCUGCAGCAAUGUUUCUAUUCAGACUAGAACCCUACUUCAUCUCACCAGGCAAUUCUGAAAGCACUUCAGCAUUUUUUCCAGUACCAUCCUUGCUAGUCUGUCCCUCCAGACCCCUAGAGCCCCUACCCUUCCAGGAAGGAUUCCCCAGCUCAAUAGCCCACCAUGAUAUCUCCCUCCUAGCUUCUCUUUCUCACCAGAUGCACCAUUCCUUUCUUGUUUAUCAGAUGCUGCCUCUUAUUUGUCAAUUAUGGAGGGUCAGUGUGGGUGGAGAGGGUUAGUGUGGGUGGAGAGAGGCAGUGUGGGCCAGUGAAGAGAUCUCCACAGGCUCUGGGCUCAGAGAGGUUUGUGUAUAAAUCCCAACUUGACCAGUGAAUAACUGUAGAACCUUGAAACAUUUCUGUAACCACUCCCAGACAGUAAAAUAGGAGUAAAACUUCACUCUCAGAAUUGUUGGGAGGUAUACAGGGACCCUGAUAACUGAGGGCAUUUUCUCUAAAGCUAGGGAGCUCAUGCCUUAUCUAUAGACAACCCUGUAAUGGGAUACCUUUUAGAAAUAAUGCUGUGGCUAUUGCACAUAGAAGGAUUGGAAAAGAGGCAGUAGAGGAGAGAAAUCAGGCAGGCGAAUUUGCAGGAAUGGUCAUGGGUUGGCAGGAUGGAGAGGAGGUGUGGCAGUAUAAAGUUAUAGAAGAUAAUAGCCUGAACAAAAGAGGUAAUAAAUAAUAAUAAGAGCUAGUGUUUGUGAGCUUCUACUCUGGGCCAGGAAUUAUGCUAUCGUUUUUUGGGGUUUUAAAAAAAUAUUGUUAAUAAUCUAAGAUUUUUAAUCUCCAUUUUAUAGAUGAGGAAACUGAGAUGUUGAGAGGUUAGGCAAAGUAACCAAAGUGACAAAAUGACAUACUAAGAAAACUUGGAUUCAAGUCUAGACAAUCUCAUUUCAGAGCCUAAGUGCUUAACCACCAGACUAGCUCACAAUUAUAGCAGAGAUUGGAGAAGAGCCAUUUAGAUAGUGAAACUGGCAGAACUUGUUGAAAGAUUGGCAAGAGUGGGCAAGAAAGAGGGUAAAGCAUAGGAUACUCUCAAGUUUCUCUCUCAAGGUCCACAGGUCCUGAGAGGCACAGCCAAGAUUUUAACCCAAUUUUGUCUAAUGACAAAGCACUUCCUCUUUUCAUAGCCUCAGAAAAUUGUACCUCAGACCUUAGUAAGGUAGAGAUCUGUACCUUCCCCAGAAUUUUAUAAUUCCUUUGUUUAAACCAUUAUACCAUGACUUGCUUUCCUUAAGAAGUUGAGGGUAUAUAUUUCUUUACAGAGGGAUUUAUUAUCAAUUACAAAGAAAAAUUGACAGGAAAAUGCAUUUGAUAGCUUUUCUUCUUUGGUGCCAAAACAAAUGCAAAAGAGAACUCCAAGUGCCUUUGGAAAUAGCGGUAGAGGAAGGGUAGAACAUCCACUGUAGGCAGAGGGAGAUUGGUGUGAGCUUGAGCUCUACUCAUUCAUCCCUUUACCUGGCCUUUCCCAGGGCUCUUCUCAAUGCAAGACUUGGGCUGGACACUGAAGGACAGUGCUGGAUAACAGCCCCUGCCUGUAGAGCUCAUAACCAAGGUAUGAGAUGGACAAAUAAGUGGACCUUCAAGAGCUAUUUGAAAGAAGAGGGAGGGUGUCCUCUACACAAGAGGAGAUGCUAUAUCUAGGUCUUGGCAUUGGGCAGAAGAGAGCCAUGUGACCUUGGGCAUAUUACUUGACUUAGCUUCCUUGUCUUUACUAGUUGGAAUAAUAAAGCUCACAUUAGCCUGCUCUUUUCUCUCAGAUACUCAAGGACCUAUAGUGCUGGGUUGGUACUGGAGCCUUCACUGUUCCUGGGUGGAUCAGGUUAGGCAUGCAAACUGCAGAGCUUGAUGCUGAGGGUGGGAACCAGAGGUCUAUGGUGGAAAUAAAACAGAAAAAUACACACAGCCUAACCCUGAAUCCCACUUGAAUGGGCCAGGUAGAAAUGUAAGUUCAAGUAUGAAGUGAAAGAUAGAAGACAAGACAUGAGUCCAUAGGCCACGUGUUGUAAUGGAGGGUGGGGCCAGAGGCAGGGCCUCUGGAUAUUACUGGGAGCACAGACAUUGGAAUCUCUGUGGUAUACUCUGGAUGGGGAGGGCUUUGUUAAGCAUGCUGAGUGGUCCAGUACUAUUAGGAGAAUGAAAUGACAUUAUGCAUGUGAAGCCCCCAGUAUACUUCCUAGUACAUACAGUUAACUUUCAAUGAAUGUUAAUUGUAGAAUUGUUCUCUUUUUACAUCAGAGUUCACCAAGAGCUUCCAAUGUACUAGGUCCUAUGUUGGACACUAAGAGGAAAGGAAUGAUUAAAAUGCAAUUUCUGUCCUCAGAAGCCCAGACUAAUGGAGGUCCAGACACAUAAAUAAGAUGUCCCAAUUGAAAGUUCUAAAUGACAUAAUGGGGUAGGCAUAGAGAUAUGGCAGGGUGAGGGGGCAUUAUCCCAACCUAAUUGUUCCUGGAAGGCUCCAUGGAAGAGAUAAUGGCUAAGGUGAAUCUUGAAGGUUAAGAAAGACUGAGCCAGGCAAAAAUUAGUGAGAAAUCCAUGCUGGGAAUGGGCACAGCUUCAACAUAAGCAUAAAACAGCAUGGUGUGUUCAAGAAAGUAGAAUAUAAGGAGAGGCAAGUGAUAAGGCCAGAGAGGAGGCAGGGAGACAAGAUCUGGAGACAAAGGAACCUGGCCUCCAUCCUGAAACUUUCUAUCAACCGAUAGGAAGCCAGUGAAGGGUUUUAAGCAGGAAAUUAACAUGGCUCAUUUUGUGCUUUAAUUAGGUCACUCUGACUGGUGGGGGAGAGGAUGUUAGAGAGUGCCAGCUGGAGGCCAGGGGAAGUCUUUAGUUUGAUGUUUUGAAGUCAAAAAAAAAAAAAAAAGGUAUUAUGGAGGCAAGGCUGGAGAGGGAAAUGGCGGAUGGAAGACAGGACUGACGAACGUGCAGCUCCCGGCCAGAACAGCAUGUAGAGACUCACACCGUGAACUUUUGGCCCAAGAACCACUGCAAAAACAUGCAAAGAAGACCAAAAGAGUUCAUAGAUCCUGUGGAGGAAGCGGCUUGCUGUUGUAAACUUCACAAGACAGCCAAAAAACUGCAAGCUCCCAAAAUAUGAAAGGUGAAAACCUGCCUAUGAAUACACCUCCCCACUGGGGAACCUGAAAAUCCAGAACGCAGAAGGAGGACUUAACCUUACCUAGAGCUGGAAUGGAUUUAGGAAGCUGAGCAAGAUAUUAAAGUAGAAGCUAUGGGAAGAGCCCUGUAGGCACUCUCAGUCCCCAGCUGAAGCCCAGGGAAGCCAUCCCUGACUUUAUCUCACAGGGGUCUUUGGGGAAGGCAGCCAGAGGAACUAGGGAGGGAUCACAAGGUGAAAGAAGAUUCCGACUAAACUUUGUAAUAAUUUCAACUGAGCAUAAAUUUUCUUGAGCAGAACCUGGGAGUUGAAUGGGAAUGACUUUUGAUACAAGUGCAGGAGCUGCAGCCAACAGUGUGGGCAGGCAGGGAGGGACAAGGCCAGAAAGCCACACUUGCUUUCUCAGUGAGGAGGCUGGUAACUUGGGGCAAGGUUCAAGCCCUGCACGUGGCCUGCCUGGAUAUAACUUUGCUGCUGUUAGUGGGGCACAGUGGAGUGAGACUGGCCUUGCUGUCUGUGUGGGAGCUGGGUGAGGCCUGUCACUGCCAGCUUUCUCCCUACUUCCCUGGCAACCUGUAUGAUGCAGCAGAGGCAGCCAUAAUCCCCCCUGGAACAUAACUGCAUUGGCCUGAGGACUACCCUCCCCUAUGCUCCACAGUGGCCACAGCAAGCCCCUUCCAAAGAGAGUCUGAGCACAGACCCCCCCAACCCUACCCCAACCUGAUGGUUUUCCUCUACCUGCCCUGGCAGCUGAACACAAAAGACAUAAACUCUUGGGAGCUUUACAGCCCCAUGCAUUCAUUGCCUGAGAAACCUGAAUACUUAUCCUGGCCAACUUAGGGCAAGCUUAUGUCCCCCUUCUACUACCACAGCUGGUGCUCUCAUGAAACAGAAUGAUCUUUGGGUAAGCAAUGAAAUCAAGAUGGAAAGUAAAAAUUCUUUGAACUGAAUGGUAAUAGUGACACAAGCUAUUGAAAUCUCUGGGAUACAGCAAAAGUGGUGCUAAGAGGAAAGUUCAUAGCAUUAAAUACCCAUAUCAAAAAGACUGAA